AGCUUUCGAAGACUUGAGAGAAAUAUACCCACAAGUCCACAAGUUGAAGUAAAGAAUCUCGCAAUCUCUAAUUGGAAAGUUAAGCAAAGUGCUUCUUGAUUUCGUUUCUAUAUACGAAGUCUGUAAAACUCUUGAUCAUGAGUUUUAAUCCAACUGUUCAACAAGUAUCAAUGGUGCAUUCUCGUUUCCAGUAAUGGGUUGUGCUUUUUCAGUAGACUGUAACUGUAUCGGUGAUAUCUGUUUACCUAGAGAUCCUAAAGUGAAAGAGACCGAUAAUGUGGGUACAUCUGAAAUCGCCGUGUUUUCACCCAAAUCUUCAUACAAAGAAGACGACGGAGACACAAAUCAGAAUCCCGAAGCAGGUAUAACAAGGUUACGAAGGGUUUCAGCACAGUUUCUACCUCCAGAUGGGUCUAGAAUCGUCGUCAUUCCAACAGGAAACUACAGGUUACAGUAUUCGUAUCUAUCUCAAAGAGGCUACUACCCUGACGCCCUCGAUAAAGCCAACCAAGACAGUUUUUGCAUUCACACGCCAUUUGGAACAAACCCUAACGACCAUUUCUUUGGGGUUUUCGAUGGACAUGGUGAAUAUGGUACUCAAUGCUCUCAAUUCGUGAAGCAAAAGCUAUGUGAAAAUCUCCUUAGAAACAAUCGCUUUCAUGUCGACCCUGUUGAAGCCUGUCAUGCUGCUUUUUUAACAACAAAUUCUCAACUACACGCAGACAACAAUGUAGAUGACAGCAUGAGUGGGACAACAGCCAUUACAGUUUUAGUUCGUGGGAAGACACUUUAUGUAGCUAAUUCAGGUGAUUCAAGAGCUAUUAUAGCUGAAAAAAGAGGGACAGAAAUAGUAGCAGUUGAUUUGUCAAUAGAUCAAACUCCAUUCAGAGAAGAUGAGCUUGAAAGGGUUAGAUUAUGUGGGGCAAGAGUUCUUACAUUGGAUCAGAUUGAAGGUUUAAAGAAUCCAGAUGUGCAAUGUUGGGACACUGAAGAAGGUGAUGAUGGUGAUCCUCCUAGGUUGUGGGUCCCAAAUGGGAUGUACCCUGGAACAGCUUUUACAAGAAGUAUUGGUGAUUCAAUUGCUGAAACAAUUGGUGUUGUUGCAAAUCCAGAAAUUGUUGCGUUGGAUCUUACUCCAGAUCAUCUUUUCUUUGUGAUUGCUAGUGAUGGAGUGUUUGAAUUUCUCUCUAGUCAAGCUGUGGUUGACAUGGUUUCAAGCUUUACAGAUCCACGUGAUGCAUGUGCUGCAAUUGUAGCAGAAUCUUAUAGACUUUGGUUGCAAUUCGAGACUCGAACAGAUGAUAUAACUGUUAUAGUGGUUCAUAUAAGUGGAUUGACAGGGGUUACAGUAGGUCAAGCAGGUAUUUCAAGCAGUGCUUUAAGGCCUCCAAUACCUCAAAUUGUAGAGUUAUCAGGAUCAGAAUCUCCUUCUACAACAAUGAAUUGGAAUGCUAAAAACCAAAGAGUAAGGACUGAUAUUUCAAGGACACGAUUGAGGGCAAUUGAAAGCUCUUUGGAGAAUGGACAGUUGUGGGUCCCACCAUCUCCUGGACAUAGAAAAACUUGGGAAGAAGAAGCACACAUUGAAAGGGCUUUGCAUGAUCAUUUUCUGUUUAGAAAACUUACGGAUUCACAGUGUCACGUUUUGUUGGAUUGUAUGCAAAGAGUUGAAGUUCAAGCAGGAGAAACUGUGGUCAAACAGGGUGGAGAAGGUGAUUGUUUCUAUGUGGUUGGAAGUGGUGAAUUUGAGGUCUUUGCAACACAGGAAGAAACAACAGGAGCAGUUCCUAGGGUUUUACAACGCUAUACAGCUGAUAAAUUAUCUUCAUUCGGUGAGCUGGCAUUAAUGUACAAUAAGCCCCUACAAGCUUCAGUACGUGCAGUGACUAAUGGAACUUUGUGGGCCCUACGAAGAGAAGAUUUUAGAGGAAUUCUGACAUCAGAGUUUUCAAAUUUAUCAUCAUUGAAAUUACUCAGAUCUGUUGACCUUCUCUCAAGGUUGACCAUUUUACAACUCAGUCUCAUUGCUGAUGCUCUUUCUGAAGUUUCCUUCACCAAUGGACAAACAAUAGUUGAUAAGGGUAAUGGUGUUUCAGGGUUAUAUAUGAUACAAAAGGGAAAAGUGAGGAUCACGUUUGACUCGUAUAUCAGAAGUCAAAAUGCAACCAGUUUGAUGUCUGAUGAGAUGGAAAGUGGUUCUGAGCUUUCAAUGGAGAAGAGUGAAGGGGGGUAUUUUGGGGAAUGGACACUUCUUGGUGAAUGCAUUGAUUCUUUACACAUUGUUGCUUUAGGUGAUGUAGUUUGUGCAGUUUUAACAAAGGAAAAAUUUGAGUUAGUUGUUGGUCCUGUGUCACAAGCUUUACAAGAUGGAUACAGGUCAAGAGAAACUUCUAGUGAUUUUCCACGUGAGCCUAACAAAAGUAUUAAUCCGAGUUUGUUCUCAAAUGUUCAGCUUUCUGAUUUGGAAUGGAAAACAUGUUUAUAUUCCACAGACUGUUGUGAGAUUGGGCUUGUUCAACAAAAGGAUUCAGAGCAUUUGUUUAGCUUAAAAAGAUUUUCAAAACAGAAGAUCAAGAAACUUGGGAAGGAAGAACAGGUUUUAAAGGAGAAAAAAUUAAUAAAAAAUGCAAAAGCAUUGCCAGGUGUCCCACAAGUUUUAUGCACAUGUGCUGAUCAAACUCAUGUAGGCAUACUUUUGAACACUCUCAUUUCAUGUCCAAUUAACUCCAUACUACACUCUCCACUUGAUGAAUCAUCUGCUCGAUUCUCUGCUGCUUCUGUUGUUAUAUCAUUGGAAGAAUUACACAAGGCUGGCAUUCUUUACAGAGGCGUGUCACCAGAAAUUUUAAUGUUUGCCCAAACAGGACAUGUACAGUUAGUUGAUUUCAGAUUUGGAAAGAAAUUAGACAGUGAGAGAACAUUUACAAUAUGUGGAAUGGUUGACUCUUUAGCUCCAGAAAUUGUUCAAGGAAAAGGCCAUGGUUUUGCUGCUGACUGGUGGGGUUUAGGGGUGUUGAUAUACUUCAUGUUACAAGGGGAAAUGCCAUUUGGUUCAUGGAGAGAAAAUGAACUUGAUACUUUUGCAAAGAUUGCUAAAGGACAAUUCACUCUUCCUGAAACAUUUAGCCCUGAAGUUGUUGAUCUCAUCACUAAGUUGCUGGAAGUAGAUGAAAACGAAAGACUUGGAAGCAAAGGAGCAGAUUCUAUCAAAAGUCAUAAAUGGUUUAAGGGUGUGAACUGGAAAAGCAUAAAGGAUGGCACCUGCACUGCACCACAGGAGAUCAUCUCCCGUAUAGAUCAAUAUCUUGAAAAUCGUCCCACAGAUAAUCUAUCUGUAUCUGUAUCUAUUUUGCCAAAUGAAGAAAUGGAUGAACUCAACACACCAGAAUGGCUCCAUGAUUGGUAGAGCUCAUGUGUGUUUUGUUCCAAGAUCAUCUAAUCUUGUUGUGUUGGUAUAAAAUAUAAAUCUUGCAUGAAACAUAUAUAUAUAUAUAUAAGCAUUAAGCAGACACUAUCUAUAUACAGAGAGGUGUAUUGGUUUUUAUUCUUUUUUCAACUUGUGUAAAUAGGGCAUAUGUGUGUAAGCAUCGGAGUUUUGCUUUUGAAUCAUCUUUUGUUCCUCAAAACUUGAAAUGAAUGUAUUAUAUGGAUUUUGUUCAUAUUUUCUGGAGUCCCUUUCUAAAUGGAUUUUUAGACUACAAGUGGUGGAAAAACCUAGAUGGAGUUUGACUUUGACUUGAUCAAAAGUCGGUUUGUGACUAAGGUUAUGUUUGGUGUG